AUGGGUCGUCUUCAUAGCAAGGGCAAGGGUAUCUCCUCCUCCGCCAUCCCAUACUCCCGCAACCCACCUGCGUGGCUCAAAACCACUCCCGAUCAGGUCGUUGAUCAGAUCUGCAAAUUGGCAAAGAAGGGUGCUACACCUUCUCAAAUCGGUGUCGUUCUCCGUGACAGCCACGGAAUUGCUCAGGUCAAGGUCGUUACUGGUAACAAGAUUCUCCGUAUCUUGAAAUCGAAUGGCCUCGCCCCUGAAAUUCCAGAGGACCUUUACAUGUUGAUCAAAAAGGCUGUUGCCGUCCGCAAGCACCUUGAGCGCAACCGCAAGGAUAAGGACAGCAAAUUCCGCCUCAUUCUCAUCGAGUCCCGUAUCCACCGUCUCUCUCGCUACUACAAGACUGUCGGUGUUCUUCCACCCACCUGGAGAUACGAAAGCGCCACUGCUUCCACUCUUGUUGCAUAA